GGUGUUUCAUUUCUGAAAUGUGAUGACUUGGGCGUCUCUUUUUGAAAAGAUGGAGCAAUUAUCAGAUGAAGAGCUUGACCAUGGUGCAGAAGAAGAUAGUGAUAAGGAAGAUCAAGAUCUGGACAAGAUGUUUGGGGCCUGGCUGGGAGAACUAGACAAACUCACACAGAGUUUGGAUACAGAUAAACCUGUAGCACCAGUGAAGAGAUCACCUCUCCAUCAGGAAACUAAUCUUGCCAACUUCUCAUAUCGUUUCUCCAUGUACAAUCUGAAUGAAGCUCUGAAUCAGGGGGAGACUGUGGAUCUAGAUGCCCUCAUGGCUGAUCUCUGUUCCAUAGAGCAGGAGCUCAGCAGCAUUGGGUCUCAUUCAGCAAAUAAUACCGCAGUGAAACGCCUUGCCACAGAACCCAAAGCUCAGAAACCACCUGCUAGCCGACCUUCUACUAAGCACAGCAGUAUGAAAGGAUUAUCCUCUUCAUCUGGUAAGGUGACUAAACCAUCACAUGCCAAUGUUUCCUUGGAUGACAUCACUGCACAGUUAGAGAAAGCCUCUUUGAGCAUGGAUGAGGCAGCCCAGCAGUCAGUUGCAGAAGACACCAAACCAGUAGUUACUGCUCAGCACAGGAGGACAGCAUCUGCUGGCACAGUGAGUGAUGCUGAGGUGCGCUCAAUCAGUAACUCCUCCCGUUCCAGCAUAACUUCUGCAGCUUCCAGCAUGGACUCCUUGGAUAUCGAUAAGGUGACAAGGCCUCAGGAAUUGGACUUGACAUCACAAGGGCAACCAAUCACUGAGGAGGAACAGGCUGCUAAACUGAAAGCUGAGAAGAUCAGAGUCGCGUUAGAGAAGAUUAAAGAGGCACAAGUGAAAAAGUUGGUGAUCAGAGUCCACAUGUCUGAUGACAGCUCAAAAACAAUGAUGGUGGAUGAGAGGCAGACAGUGAGACAAGUAUUAGACAAUCUGAUGGACAAAUCUCAUUGUGGUUACAGUUUAGACUGGUCAUUGGUGGAAACCAUCUCUGAACUGCAAAUGGAAAGGAUCUUUGAAGAUCAUGAAAAUUUAGUUGAAAAUCUUCUGAACUGGACAAGAGACAGUCAAAACAAACUAAUGUUUGUGGAACGUAUAGAGAAAUACGCACUUUUCAAGAAUCCCCAGAACUAUCUUCUGGGGAAAAAAGAGACCUCUGAGAUGGCAGACAGAAAUAAAGAGGUGCUGCUAGAGGAAUGUUUCUGUGGAAGUUCUGUAACUGUGCCAGAAAUUGAGGGAGUUUUGUGGCUGAAAGAGGAUGGUAAGAAGUCUUGGAAGAAACGUUACUUUCUUCUUCGAGCUUCUGGAAUCUAUUAUGUACCUAAAGGGAAGGCAAAGGUCUCGCGGGAUCUUGUAUGCUUUCUACAGCUAGAUCAUGUCAAUGUUUACUAUGGACAAGACUAUCGGAACAAAUACAAAGCACCCACAGACUAUUGUUUAGUGCUGAAGCAUCCUCAGAUCCAGAAGAAAUCCCAGUAUAUCAAGUAUCUUUGCUGUGACGAUGUAAGAACUCUACACCAAUGGAUCAAUGGCAUCCGCAUUGCUAAGUAUGGGAAGCAACUGUACAUGAAUUAUCAGGAAGCAUUGAAGAGAACAGAAUCGGCAUAUGACUGGACUUCCUUGUCUAGCUCCAGUAUCAAGUCAGGCUCCAGCUCAUCUAGUUUACCAGAAUCUCAAUCAAACCAUUCUAAUCAGUCUGACAGUGGAGUUUCUGACACCCAGCCAACUGGACAUGUCCGUUCCCAAAGUAUUGUCAGCUCCAUGUUCUCUGAGGCCUGGAAGCGUGGCACUCAACUGGAGGAAUCCAGCAAGGCCCGAAUGGAGCCUGCAGGUCGGCCCUUUAUAUCUGUUGCACCUCCUGUGUCCCCACAGACAAAAGUGGCGACCCCCUAUGCAGCCUCACAGCCAUCCCCCCCCCUGCCCCCCCCGCCGCCUCCCCCUCCUCCGCCCCCACCUCCCCCUCCUCCUCCUCCACCCCCCCUCCCCAGCCAGGCUGCCCCAUCCGCUGCCUCUCCUGCCACCAUGUUCGUCAAAUACAGCACCAUCACCCGGCUGCAGAACGCUGCCCAGCACGGCGGGCCCUUUUCCAAGGCUCCCGCUGCUCAGCAGCCCCCCCCACCCCCUCCAGCCUCGGGCAAACCUCAGAUCCUGGUGCCCCCCAACGGGGUCAUGCCACCUCCCCCCCCUCCACCACCGCCUCCCACUCCAGGCUCAGCCAUGGCACAGCUGAAGCCGGCGCCUUGCGCCCCUUCUGUGCCACAGUUCACACCUCCGCCACCCCCCCCCAAAAUCCACCAGGUGCAACCAAAUAUAAGCCAGGCUGCUGCUGCUGCAGCUGCUGCUGCCGCCCCCCCGUUGCCGCCCCCUCCUCCCCCCGUGCCUGCACCCCCACCACCCCAAGCACCCCCAAAGCCUCUCGUGACAGCUCUCCCUCCACAGCCUAGCGGGAAGGCAGCAUCACCAGGGGUCACACAUGUCACGCCCCCUGUGCCAGUUCCCUUGCCCCUUGCAAUUAAGAAACAACCAAGUGUCACCUCUUCCCAGGUGCCUCUGCUGCCCCCAGCACCUCCAGGCCCCACUCCUCCCCCAACAUUCCCAAAGCAGCAGAGUUUCUCUGUGAAGCCGCCUCCGUCCCCCCAGUCCCCAGUGCCGUCAGUGGUGAAGCAGAUAGUCAGCCAGUUCCCACCUCCUCCCACCCCACCUGCCACCGAGCCCCAGCCUCUGAAACCCCUGCCGCUGAGCGUGGCUCCCCAGUCGCCUCCAGCAGUGAAGGCGAAGCCCAAGUGGCAGCCUGCCUCUGUUCCCUCUCCGGAUUUCCCCCCUCCUCCACCAGAGAGCAGCUUAGUGUUUCCUCCUCCACCUCCUUCCCCAGCUACCUCUGCAGGUUCUCCCCCCCCUGACAAAUCAGGGUCUCCAGUCAAAAAGACCAGCAAGACAUCAAGCCCUGGAGGGAAGAAACCACCUCCAACACCUCAGCGGAACUCCAGCAUCAAAUCCACCAGCUCCACUGAGUACCAUGAGUCCAAGAGACCUUCAGUGGACCGCCUUGUCAGCAAAUUUGCACACCCACCAGAGCCGUCAGGGUCUCCUUCGAAGGAGUCAUUGCCUCCUGCAGCCCCUCCAAAGCCUGGAAAGCUCAACCUUUCUGGUGUGAGCUUGCCCAUCGUCGUUCCGCAGGGAGGGAUCCCGGCCAAGGCUCCUGCACCAGGUGUGUCUGGGAAGGAACCCGUGGUUGAAUUCCCUUCACCACCAUCAGAUUCAGACUUUCCACCACCACCACCUGAAAUAGAUCUUCCUGUCCCACCGGUUGAGAUCCCAUCCGUGUUUUCAGGCAGUACCUCCCCAAAAGUCGCUGUUGUCAAUCCCCAGCCUCAGGCGUGGUCAAAACCAUCCAUUAAAAAAGCCCCACCGCCCACGCGUCCGAAGCGGAAUGACAGCACUCGGCUGACACAGGCAGAUGUCACAGAGCCACCGGUAACUCCUGGCCCCCAAGUGCCCACUUCACCCAAGUCCAGCCUUAGUGUUCAGCCGGGAUUCUUGGCAGACCUUAACCGGACGCUGCAGCGGAAAUCCAUCACCCGGCACGGCUCCCUCUCCUCUGCACGGAUGUCCAGAGCAGAGCCCACAGCUACCAUGGACGACAUGGCCCUGCCGCCGCCCCCACCGGAGCUUCUGGCUGACCAGCAGAAGACGAGCAGCUUCAAGGGCAGUCAUAUAUCUGGCUAUGCAACGUUACGGAGGGGGCCGCCACCUGCACCUCCCAAAAGGGAUCAGAACACCAAGCUGUCGCAGGACUGGUAGUCCCCAGGGGCUGGUGCUUUCUGACUCGAGGGCUGCUCUGUGGUCAGGCAGCCUGUGAUGUGCGCUUGGAGAGAAUGUGGGGACGCGGACAAUAGCCCCGUCAAAAGAGGUGACCUCAAACUGUAGCUAAGGUUAAAGAUAGAGAUGUUCCCCUUUCAUGGCUAGGCCAAAAAAGUUGGGGGCUUGGGGUUGUCAAUAUUUUACUGGGGGAGGUGGGUAGAGAGGCAUCGACUUAAUCCUUUCAAUUUCUUUUACCCUUCGUAUGGAUUGGACCAAAAUCCCUUUUUCUUACUUUUUCUGCAUUGGGGGGAAGAUAAUUUUUGUAGUGUCUGUCCAUGUGAGACAUGUUUGUGCAUGUAUUAUAAGUGUAGGUAUAUAAUAUAUUGUGAUAUAUUUCGUCGCAAUUAUAGAAGAUAACCAGAAUGUUUUUGUAGAGCCGUAUUUAUUGUUUCAGUCACUAUAUUACUGGGAAUCAGACUCUGUAACCAGUCAAAUCUUACCGUAUAAGAUGAAGAUGUAGAGGGCACUUUAAAGAAAGGAGUAAGAAAGAAAAACAUGUAGGAAAAAAAAGCACCACAAACCUUUUGGCAGUUUGUGAUUGGUAAAUAAUGGUGCAAAGUGGAGGUGUUCUGCUAGUAAUUGUACAUUGGUCAUUGAUUGAAAAAUACAGACUCAACAUACCAAAACAUUCUGGUCAUAAUACUACUGAAAAUGAGUAUGUUCUGAUGAAGAAAAUAGAUUUUAUAUAUAGUGGGCUGGAGUGAAAUAUAUUUAUACUAUAAAGAACCUCCCCCUUCCUUCCAAAUAGUUUAAAAAUAUACAGUGCUACAAAUUAAUUCAAAAUUAUUUGCCCAUGAAGUAACUAGGAUAAAGAUGUAUUAUUCCAAUCCAUAAUGCAUUUUAAGUUUAUAAUAGGCUCGAUCGUUUGUUUUUAUGGCACAAGAUGACCAUUUGUGUUAACCCCUUCUGAAAGCUGCCAGGACUCCUGCAAUCAGUGCCAACCCACAAGGCUGACCCAUGUGGAUCCAUCACUUGUACGUGUCAUUCUUUCCCUGAACGAACAGGUAGGUUUCUGUAGAGAACGCUCUGUUCUCACACAGACACACACAGCGUACAGUCUCACCUUGUCUGUGCCUGGUAAGAUGUAUUAUCUUUACAAAAAAACAACUGUCUAGAAACACUUAAAGUGUUGUUUGUAAUUCAUUAGAAACUGUCAGGAAACUUUCUAGAAAGAGAGAAGGGAAUGGUAAUUUCAUGCCAAGCACAGCUCGAAUUCUCUUUUCUUUGACCUGCCAGAGGCUGUGACCAAUGCAUAAAUCUGUUAAUUAUGAAGUUACACUUCUAGCAGUCAAGGGAGAGGAGUGGAAAAAAACUUUGUGAGGCAAUAACAUUUGCUAUUAGUUUAAUUUAAGGACUCGUAUGAGUAGGAAAUAGAUUAUCAUAUUUGCCUUUUUUUUUAUUGCUAACGAGUCACAAUCACCGUGUCAAGUACUAGCGUCCUUCAUCUUGUAUUUCAGGAGUUUGAUUAUACAGUCUUGCCUACGUAUUGGACACAAUAAGGUAUUGUAAUUAGGAUAAGUGGUCUUGGGUGUUGUGCAUGUUCAUUACAGGGUAGUGGUACACAAUCUUUUUAAAUUAACUAAAAUACUUGGACUGUACCUAUGCCAUCUGCAGUUGUUAACAACUUCCCCGGUCAUUACAGGGAUACUGUCAAGGCCCAGAUGGCAAAGGAUUCUACUGUUUACCAUUAUUCCAAAAGCAAAUACUAUAUGCUUUCCUCCCCAAAAAGUGAAUCAAAGGAAGUAGCCUGACCUGACAGUAUCUUCAAGUGUGUAAAACAAGACGGAAACUGAUCUCUCAUUAGAGUAACUCAGAUUGAUAAGAAAUAUUGUGAGUGUCCCCUAUUCCUUUUUAUAUUAAGUGUUGUUGUUUUUUUUUUUAAAAUCCAAAUAAUAAAAUUAAUGUCUUUGUGAAUAAUUUAUGAAUAGGAAAAAGGUUUUGCCAAUUAGAGGGGAAAAAUGAUACAUCUAUAACUAUAUAGUUUUAAAUAAGUGCAUCAUGAAAAGAGAAAAAUUAAUGGUGCUGUCUCUGUUGACCUGUUUCAUAUAAUUUUAUAAACUCUGUUUCAGCACCUCUGGAAAUUGUUUUAAUAUUUCUGACUAGUUUUUUUGAGCAAUAACAAUAUACCAUUGUGUGCAUUUUUAAAGCACUGCUAUGGAAAGGCACUUUUUUUGUAUCUUUCAAAUUGUUCACAAAGUUUUGUUUCUACUAUUUUUGUGCUUAUCAAGUGUCCUUAACAGCAUUUGCAUUGUUGAUUUUAAGCAUGCUCAGUAUAGCUGGCAAGUAACUUCGCAGGAAGAUUGUUAAGCUAUACUGCAAUUCAUGGGUGCUGUAAUUUUCUACGUUGGUCCUCCUGCUGCUUUGUACUGUAUGCAGCUCCUGGGGCUCACACCCACCAGUGCAGAAGGUGUGCAAAUACAAUCGUAAUUCCCAGCUGUUACUGAUGAUAGGUAAGUGGACAAAUCCUCUACUCCCUGGCAGGGUGGAUCUGGGCUCCCAGAUGAGAAUCAGUCUUUCCCUACAAGAUAGCUAGCUCCACUGGUGGGUGACAGUUGCAGCCCUUUUUCUCCUGUUCACUCAGUGCGGGUACCUCUGGGAUUUGCACUUGGCAGAGCAAUAUUUUAAGUGCAGUUUUUUCAGAGGCGUUUGAACUUUUUUCUUAUGUUCUUGUGCCCAGUUUCAUUUACCCAGCAUCUCCCCCUAGGGCAAUGAAUUCAUGCUUAACGUUGCAGGCUGCUUAACAGCUCGCUGGGAGACAGAAGUUUAACUCAAGGUUCGCAGCAAAAAGAGUGAGUGUUGGCAAAGGUUGCGAGGUCGCGUCCUUCUUAGUAGAAUGUACUUCAUCAGUCAGUAGUGAUACAGAAAUGUAGUGAGUGGCUGCAGCUUUGUCUCAGAUGUGUGCUGAAAUUUGGAUACAGAGUGAUUCGGACAACCUGGUUGCCUUUUCAGCUUAUGGAUCCUGUCAAUGGAACUUGCUUCUCCAGUUUAUUUACUGUUUUUAUGACAGCAAAUAUCAUGCCUUAUUUGCAACUAAGUUAUUUUUCCCCUUGUGCACUGGUCUCAGAAUUGUACCAUUUUAUCUUGGAAAAUCAGAAAAUAAAGGGGCCAAAGCUCAGACAGAGCAAGAUGCUUGCUGCAAACAGGGGCGGUAAUCCUUUUCCGCACUACUAAAAUGAGAGUGUGAGAGCUGAGAUCUCAUACUCUGGACCUACAGAUAGCAGAUGCUUUUAUCCUAAAAUACUGAGAGAGUAUAGCUGUAGUUAUGUGGCAUGAUAAAGUGUGUAUACCCUUUGCCACUUAAGUUGUAUGUCAGGGAAAGCCCUGCUCCUGCAGGAGACACCGACAGCUGCAUUCUUUAUGCUUUUCAUUUCCUCUUUGCCAAGCAGCCGUAGCAUCCACCUUUGCAGGUAGCAGGGAUCUGUUCAGCCAGCAGAGAGGGGAGGUUCUCUGUGCAUGCAGCACAGCUGUAGAAAGCAGGAACCUGGUCUUCUCAGGCACUCCAGUUUAAUUCUGCUCUUGUGGAAUUGCUUUGGAAGGGAAAACUAGGCUCUCAUAACAGCACUAAUCGUAGAGGAGAAAUGAUAGUAACAAGAAAAGCUUUUGAGCAAGUCGUUCUGAUUAAAUCAUUGGUAACGCGGUUGAGGUAGACAUGCCCAUGGGUCUGUUUUGUCUUUCAAAACCUAUGUUUGGGGGAGGAGGUUAGGCACAUGUCUCACAGUAAAUAAAUAAUUUUUUAAAAAAAUCCAGUUAUUGUACAUGGAAGAGGAAAGCUCCUGCUUCCCCCGUGCAGUGGCUUUUUCCUGCAGCAAAGCACUGCUUGCUCUAACUUGGUGCAUGACCUCAAAGCCAAAGAGCUCCUCUCCUGAACUUACUGCGUGAUUUCCUGCAGGGCAACACGGAGUGAUUGACAGACACAUCAGGGAAACAGUCAAGGUCCCUGAAUCACUUUGGUUUCAGGGCUGAUGGGAGAGGGAGCAAUAGUUCAACAAGUGCAUUUUAAGAUUCACUGUUGUGGAGUUGCACAUUUAGAGGGUUUUUUGUUGUUGCUGUUUUUUUCUAAUUUCUUUGUUCCAUGCUCUUAAGCAACCAGGUAGCACAAAUCAGCUUAGAGAAAGUGUGGCCAGUUUUGCUCUGGGUUAAAAUUAUUUUUUUCCACAGUUAAAGGAACCAAAAGUGCCAUUUCAACAACAGAAGGGCAAAAAAAAGAAAUUUUCUGGUUACAGAAAACUACAUAGAACUAAAUUGUUAUUCUUCAAUGGUGCUGUUACAGGUAAAAUAAUUUCUUAUUCAAAGUAAGAUAGUAAGUAAGUGGGUCUUAUUACAAGUAUUAUGUCUAAUACAGAGUCAUGUUAAAAUCAGUUGCAUCUCAUUGAUUAACUGGGGCAUUGUAUGACUCACUGGUUUUAAAUAUAGCUGGGGAACACUUACCGUGUUAGAGAAUUAGAUUUACCAUUUGAAAAUCUUGUUAACAUAGAGCCAAAUUCUUCUUAGAGCUGUAUUGGCGUUUCUGUUUGAUUUGUCACACAGAAUUUCCAAGACUUGAUGCUCUUCCUGGUUUUUAUCAUUUAUUUUAAUGUAGUGGCAGAAGUUUAUAAACAUAUUUUCUGUUUGGUAUAUGCGUACGUGACUUCCACCUUGUCAGCAUAGAUGCUUUCCUAGAGUUUUGUCUCAGACCAAACACAAAAGCAAUAUAUAAACUCCUGACAGAAGGUAGUGACGGUGCAGCCAGAACGUAUGAGGGCUUUCUGUUUGUUUGUUGUGGGUUUUUUGGUUGUUUUGUGGUUGUGUUUUUUAUUUUUCUUUUUCCUUUUAUUAAGGUUUAGAUUUUGUACUUGUUCAAACAGUGCUCCUAAUUUGAGGGUGAGGGGACUCUUACCUCUGUUGGAGAGGAGCUUCCCAAAGCCCCAUUUUCUGGCUCCUGGUGUUUAGCUUUGCAGUCCCUUGGUUACUCAGGAUGGGUUCCAAACCAGAGAGCAUUUAACACUACAGAUUUUCCAUAGAUGUUUCUGUAAUAUACUGGUGGAUUUAAAAGUUUAAGUUUGGAAAUAUAAGUUUCUCUGAAAUUGAAUAAUUUUCCUUUCUGAAUUAUUUAUCUCCUUCAAUUUAAUUUAUAUAUUAAAUACAUAUAUGAGUGGCAAAACCAGCAUUAUAUUGCAGGGUUUACCACUCACUAAUACUGUGACACUGUGAGUCACAGGCUUUGUCUAGUUUUGAAAAGUUUAAGACACUAAAUUGCAAAUGAGGUGACAACACAUGCCUAGCUGUCAUAAGUAAAUUAAAGUAAUUGCCACUAACAUAGAAAAAGUAGGGCAAGGAUUCAGUGAGAUCGCUUUUCAGGAGAAUUGUGCAUCCUUGGUGAGGUGAACUAGAGAAGAAUUUGGAGGACCAGGAACUGGUGCUAUAUGUAUGCACAGUCCCCCACAGCAGGGAUUUUGUGAGGGGAAUGUGUGAGAAGGAACUUGAGGAACAGAUUUUGGAAACCCUCUUAUUUAACACUUAAAGGCAACUCAUCUGUUAGGAUGCUUAGGAAUGGAACCAACUGUUCCCUACAGUGGAAAACAGUUUCCUCUCACCUUUCCUAAGAUGCCAAAGAUGCAUUCAGAGCUAAUUUUCAGGUACACAGAUGUUCUUGCACCAGCUGGUCCUGGAGCCAAGUGGACAGGGGCUGCAGCUGGUGUUUGGCAAGAGAGCAGGGCUGCUGCUGCCAGCUGUUGUACAUCUCUUGCCUUUGUUAACUGUGAGUACAGAUCUGCAAGGGUUGGGGGCAAAGAGCAGUUUAGCGAGGGAACCUGUGCCCAGAGGCUCCCUUGCUGCUGAUUUGGUGCAGCACUAUAAAGCUUGUACUUAAAAAA